AUGUCUUGCAUACAGACUGGUUUACAGACAGUCUGAACACUCCCACUACAACUAGGAGCUUUAAAAUAGUCUGCCUCAAUUCACAUCUGCUGUUGCUCUCUCAGUAGCUCCCGACUCACAGCAAAUCUUCCGUAGAUCCUCUGUAACCAGGCAUCAUGGUGUCCCAUAAGGAGUUUGAGACCGCGGGGAAGCAGGCUGGCCUGCAGGUGUGGCGCAUCGAGAGCAUGGACCUGAAGCCUGUCCCCAAGGGCCUCCACGGAAACUUCUACACCGGAGAUGCCUACCUGCUGCUCUACACCACCUCUGCACCCUCUUACUGUCUGCACAUGUGGAUGGGAAACGAUUGUUCCCAGGACGAGAGCGGUGCGGCGGCCAUCUUUGCUACCCAGCUGGAUGACUUCCUGGGCGGCAAGCCGGUCCAGUUCAGGGAGGUCCAGGACAACGAGUCCAUCACCUUCAUGGGAUACUUCAAGUCCGGCAUCAAGUACAAGCAAGGGGGCGUGGCCUCUGGCUUCCAGCACGUGGUGACCAAUGACACGGACGUGAAGCGCCUGCUGCACAUCAAAGGGAGGCGGACCAUCAGGGCCACGGAGGUGGAUCUGAGCUGGGGCAGCUUCAACCAGGGGGACUGUUUCAUCGUCGACCUGGGGAAGGAUAUCUACCAGUGGUGUGGUAGUGAGUGUAACCGUUUCGAGCGUCUGAAGGCCUCCCAGGUUGCCAUCGACAUCAGAGACAACGAGAGGAACGGCCGGGCCAAGCUGCAGAUGGUGGAGGAUGGGGCGGAGCCAGAGGCCCUCACCGCGGCUCUGGGGCCCAAACCCAGCAUCCCCCCUGGCACCCCAGACGAUGACAAAGUGGACACGGCCAACAAGAAGAAGGGCACCCUCUACAUGAUCUCUGACGCGUCGGGCUCUAUGAAGUCAUCCUUGGUGGCCCAGGCCAGCCCCUUCAAGCAGGCCAUGCUGUCCCCAGAGGAGUGCUACAUCCUGGACAACGGAGUCGACACCAACGUCUUCGUCUGGAAAGGGCCCAAAGCCAACGUGUCUGAACGCAAGGCGGCCAUGUCUGCUGCUCAGCAGUUCAUCAAGGACAAGGGCUACUCCAAAAAGACCCAGAUCCAGGUGCUGCCAGCAGGCGGCGAGACCACCCUGUUCAAGCAGUUCUUCAGCGACUGGAAGGACAAGGACCAGACCACAGGCCCGGGCCAGGCCUACACCAUCGGCAGCAUCGCCAAGGUGGAGAAGGUGCCCUUCGACGCCUCCACCCUGCACGACAACAAGGCCAUGGCAGCCCAGCACGGCAUGGUGGAUGAUGGGAAGGGUAAGGUCCAGAUCUUCCGUGUGGAGGGCGGGGCCAGUGUGCCGGUGGAUCCCUCCUCCUAUGGGCAGUUCUUCGGAGGAGACUGUUACCUCAUCCUGUACAGCUACAGACUAGGAGGACGAGAGCAGCACAUCAUAUAUACCUGGCAGGGGCUGAAGUGUACCCAGGAUGAGCUGGCAGCUUCUGCCUUCCUGACUGUGAAGAUGGACGACUCCAUGGGAGGAUCUCCUGUUCAGGUGCGGGUGACCCAGGGCCAGGAGCCGCCCCACCUGAUGAGCCUGUUCCAGGGGAAGCCCAUGAUGGUGCACAGCGGGGGGACGUCUCGGAAGGGGGGCCAGAUGCAGGCCGGAGCCACUCGCCUCUUCCACAUCCGCCAAAGCUCCUCCAACGCCACCCGGGCCGUAGAGGCGACAGCCUCUGCCUCCUCUCUGAACACCAAUGACGUGUUCGUGCUCAAGUCUCCGGACGCCAUGUUUGUGUGGCGGGGAGUGGGCGCCAGCGAGGAGGAUGCCGCUGCCAAGCAUGUUGCCAACUUCCUGGGAGGAAGUGCAACCAAUGUGUCAGAGGGCAAAGAGCCAGCUGGGUUCUGGUCCACUCUGGGAGGGAAGAAGGAUUACCAGACCUCCAAGAGUCUGCAGAAGACCAUCAAACCCCCACGCCUGUUCGGCUGCUCCAACAAGACCGGGCGACUCAUCGUAGAGGAGGUGCCUGGUGACUUCAACCAGACCGACCUGGCAACAGAUGACGUCAUGCUGUUGGACACCUGGGAUCAGCUGUUCCUCUGGGUCGGCAGUGACGCUAACGAGGAGGAGAAGGCUGGGUCUCCCAAAAUAGCUAAAGACUACGUGGACUCUGACCCCUCCGGACGUAAGGGUCUCCCCAUCACCACCAUCAAGCAGGGGACUGAACCCCCGACCUUCACGGGCUGGUUCCCAUGGGACCCAAAGAUGUGGGAGACAGACCCCUGGAGAGGAUCCGCGCCCGCUUCUAAAAGAACCCUCCCCCCGCCUCCUCCACCCAUAUACAGCCACUCCACCCACCCAAGCCCCAGGCUUCGGCUGUACCCAGGCCUGGUGUUUUCUGGGCAGCUUCUCCUCUCCAGUGCUCCUCGGUGGGCGACAGGGUCGCAUCUCAAUAGUCCUGUGCGGUUUCCUUCCCCCUGGCUUAUCUCCUUUCCUUGAUCAGAGCAGAUGAUCAGUAUUACUUGGUGGACUAUCGAGAUGCCUCCUCGUCUUCCUCUGUGCUCUUCGGCGACGGCGUACUCCGCUUGCCGUCCUUCUCUGUCAAGUCUCAUUCGAAAACUUUGCCAUGUGUGUCUUUACUUUGCUGGUAGAAGGAAAAAUUAUAACGAUAAUAAUCUAUUAGUAGGCUGCUUUUGUGUUGGAAAGCGCACUGUUACGACUUGUUAAGUAUUGAUAAGGGAUGUUUGCCAUUUAGCAGUGUGUUAUGCAUGCUAUGUGUUAGGAUUCUGGAGCUUUAUUCAGAAGCAAACUUACACAACUUCCCCUGCAUGACUUGUUUUCUCAUUACUUGGACAUGUUGGUUGGGUUUGAAUAAAUUCUGAUAUUUUUAAAAACAA